UGAACAAGAGCCUAAUUUACAGUCAGAGGCAAACGGCCUUUCUGUGUCCUAACUCACAAUCGGAUGAAAUACAAUGCAACAUUAGCACAGAAGAAGCACGCGAUAUGCGCCACACACAGUCCACCAUCAAAACGAGCACAGAAUGGAAAAACACUACAAGAGACGAGGCUUGUUUACCGUGUUUGGUGUCUCCCGCAAUCGGACACCGCGAUUAAUCUCGGAGUGAAAACUGUCUGGAUUUCAUCCACCCGCCCGAGCUGUUUUUCUUCCUCAUACUGCGUGUUUCUCGGUAGUCACGCCUCUUGUGCAGCGAGACUCGAAGCGUUGCCAAUGUUGACUACAAUGGCAUCAACCCUAAAAGGAAAUGUCCUUCAAGACCAAACAAAAAUGAAUAAUCAGUCCACAGAGUCAUGCUCUUCACUCAGUGUUGAAGAAACCAAGGAGAUCCAAACUUUGAAGGCUUUACUGCAAGAAAGCUUAAGAAAGCGAUAUGAAGACACUCCAGACGGCAUUCCUCUGAAGAUGUAUGAGUCAAACCGGACACAUUUGGAUGGCCAGAUUGUCCAUGAGAUGCGUGAGCUGGAAAGACCCUACAAUGAAGACGUUAAAGAUGAAAAUGUCAUUAAUUAUGAAGAUCUCCUGAAGCCUCGUUCUUCUACAGACGGUCGUAUACGCACCAUUAUGAUGAGAGGAAUAUCUGGAUGUGGCAAGUCAACAGUUGUGACGAAGUUUGUUUUAGACUGGGCACAUGGCAGAACACACCAGCACAUUGAUUUUGUGUUUCCUCUUCACCUGUGUGAGCUGAACAUACUACAUGACAAAAAACUCAGCCUGAUAGAGCUCUUAGAUCUGAUCUUUCCAAAGUUACCGAAGCCAGAGACCCUCGAACGGUCUCAGAUCCUCUUUAUAUGGGAUGGACUUGGUGAAUUUAGAUUUCUUCUUAAUUUUAAGCGCACCAAGGCAUGCACUGACCCAGUGUCACCGGUCUCUGUUAUCUGCAUGCUGGUGAAUCUUCUCAAAGGGAACCUUCUCCCCUCUGCCCAGAUCCUGGUCACUUCAAGGCUAAAAGAUGCAGGUCUAAUUCCUCCAGAAUAUAUUCAGAGGGUGGUUGAACUUCAUGGGCUUGAUGAUUUGCAAUGGGAAGAACAGAUCAGAAGUGAUGUGCGUGACCAAAACUUUGUUGCAAGAGCGACUGUUCACGUGAAAUCAUCCAGAUCCCUGUACAUCAUGCGCUCCUUGCCAUUCUUCUGUCAGAUGGCUUCCACUGUUUUAGAAGAGAUUUUUAGUAACUGUUGCAACAUAGAUCCUCCUCUCACCCUAACAGAGAUGGUCACACAUUUCCUCCUGAUUCAAAUGAAGAGACAUGAGGAAAAGUCCUCUAAAUCAGGCACUGAGGAGAUCCUGAAGUUGGGUAAGCUGGCUUGGCACAUGCUGCAAAGGGACACGUUGACAUUUAUAGAGAAGGACCAGAGAGAAACCAAUACUGAUCCUCUUCUUCCUGUCAAACUCUCUGAAGAUUGGCCCAUGUUUUUCAGAAAACAGGACAUGAUGGGUUUAGGGAAGAUGUACCGCUUCACACAUCCCAGUGUCCAAGAGUUCCUGGCAGCAUUGUAUGUUGCUGUGCAUUAUGAACCCAGCAAGGGAAAUGUAAUGUCUUUUACACUUGCAGAAAAAGCUAAAAAGUUGCUCAGUCCUACAGACGUACCACCUGAUAUGCUCAGAAGAGCAGUAGACAGAGCUUUAAGGAGCAAAACUGGCCAACUAGACAUCUUUCUCCUCUUUCUCUUGGGCAUCUCUGCAGGUCCAAGCCACAGGCUCCUGUCCAGCUUUUUCCAAAAUACCUCUCUUCAUAUAAGGACAGAGGAUGUAGUCAAAAAUAUUUUACAGAAAAUCAAGGCAAAGCCAGUAUUUGAGAUCUCAGUUAAUGUCUCUCGCUGUUUGGAGGAGCUUGACGUAGCCGUGCCUUUGGUUCAGAAUCGAGACCAGGUUGAAUUUCAGACAUAUGGGGACGUCCACGUCACUCCUUCAGAGUGGUCACAUAUAGCCACUACUCUGCUCACCUCUGAGGAUCCCUCACUGACAUUUGAUGUCAGCGAAUACACUAAUGCAGAUGAAGCCAUUAUGAGACUACUGCCUGUCAUCAAGAUCUCCAGAGUCCUCAGACUGGAUGAGGCCACAGAUCUGAGCUGGGCAUUGAUCGCCUCAGCUCUGAGAUCGCCAGCCAAUCGUAUCAGAGAGAUCUACAUCGAGAAGAACGCCUUCUGUUAUAUAAACUUGAGCCUAUUAUCCGAUGGUAUGAGAAGCCCUAAUUGCAAAGUGGAGACACUCUGGUCACCAUAUUUUGGUCGUCAAAAGGAUGGUGACCAACUGUUCUCCGGGAUUUUAUUGAACCCAACACAUUUGAGAGAGCUGAAGCUGCUGAACUCAUUCAGAAUGAGUGAAAGGACAGUGGAGAGCGUCUCUCAAAUCUUAAUGGACCCGGAUUGUCGCAUGGAAAAUCUCACUUUACAAGGAAUAGAAACCUUAGAGAGUUGUAAGAUCUUGGCCGCAGCUCUCUGUAGCAGUUCUUGUCGUCUGCAAGAGCUGGACUUGAUCAGAUGCUGUCGGGAAUCUGAAGAUCAGGCUUUACAGCUUCUGUCGGAGGCAUUCAGACAUCCGAACUUCAAAAUAAGAGUUCUGAGGUUGGAAGUCUGUUCUAUAAAGCAAGAAACGGCAUCAGCAUUAUUCUCUGCGUUUCAAGAGAACCCUUCACACCUGAGAAAACUUGAACUAAGUCUCUUUUUGUGGUCGAGUCUUGAACUUCAGCAACUUUUCUCUCUGCUGGCGGAUCCUUGCUUCAAACUAGAAACAUUGCGGAUAGUCCACCUACGUCAAUUACAGGUUGAUUCUCUUGAAACUCUGGCUUCAGUUCUUGGAUCUUGCAGCCUCAGAUCUCUGGAUCUCAGCAUGUGUGGUCUGACAGAUUCUUAUGUUGAGCUGCUCUCUGCUGGACUGAGUAACCCUGGCUGUAAACUGGAGAUACUCAGGAUGACACACUGCAGCAUCACAGAAGCAGGAGCUGCUUGUUUGGCGAGGGCUCUCUCUUCCAACCCAUCACACAUGCAGGAAAUAGACUUGAGCAUCAAUCCUGUUAAAGGCCCGGGAUUUGACCAGCUCAGAUCCGUUUUGGAAGAUCCAGCAACACGAUUAGAGAAAUUAAUUGUGGAUGGCCUAGAGGAGCAGCGUGACAUGGAAACUCUACAGCAAUAUACGUGCAAGCUGACUUGGGAUCCAAACACCGCUUCUUCAAGUGUGCAGGUGUCAGAGGAAGAUGAGGCUCUUGUGAAACAUCGCAGAAACCCAGAACCUGAUUCACAUCAUCCAGAAAGUUUCAAAAAUCAAGACCAAAUCAUGAGUCGGGAAGGUCUGAGCAGCCGUCAUUUCUUCCAGCUGGAGUGGUUUGGCAGGUGGGCCACUAUUGGAAUGGCCUAUAAUGAUAUAAGCAGGAAGGGAAGUUCUGCAGCCUGUAGCAUAGGACUUAAUAAUAAAUCCUGGGGCAUCUUGGUGAGUACCCCCUCUUCUCUCUGUAAUGCUCUUCAUGGAGGAGUAGAGAUGCGUCUUCCUGACUGCUCACCCUGGAGAGUUGGAGUCUAUCUGGACUGGGCGGCAGGAUCUCUGUCCUUUUACGACACCACAGAUGACAAGGCUGAACUCAUCCACACUUUCCAUGCUAAGUUCACUCAGCCUCUCUUUCUGCUGGUCAGUAUUAGUGCUGGGGUGAAGAUCUUACCGGACAUGUCUCCUCCUGUCUGUGUCCAUGACCACGAUCCUUGGGAUAUGUUCAGGGGCUACAAGGAAUGUAAGGGAUGUAACGGAUCAAAGGCUUGCUAGAUAAACCAAUGUGCUCUCUAUUUGUGAAAUAUCUGAUGGUAGUGUUUUUAUCCAUGAUCAUUUGGAUUUCAAGGACAUAUUAGGAAAGGAUUCAUCAAAUGUACUUUGACAGAGAGAGAGAGAGAGAGAGAGAGAGAGCAGUUGAUCCACAAGAGGGAGACAUUCUCUCAUAAAACCUGAUCUUAAAAGAAAAUGAUCAUUCUUCCAUCAUUUACUCCCCCUCAUGUCUUUCCAGAACUGUAUGACUGGGUUUCUUCUGUGGAACACAAAAGAAGAAAUUUUCCAGAAUACCAAUCGUUUUGGUUCCCACUGACUUAAACUUUAUAGACCAAAAAAACACAUUGAACAAAACUGUUUGGUUCCCAACAUUCUUCAAAAUGUUGUCUUUUGUGUUUCACGGAAAAAAGUAAGACAUACAGGUUUAAAACGACGUGAGGAUGAGUAAAUGAUGACCGAAUUAUCAUUUUUGGGUGAAUUAUCCCUUUAAGAUCAACAGUAUUCAAAAUAUAUUUUGCACAUAUAGUCAGUUAAACAGGUUUGCAAUAACAUGAGAAAAUUAUGACAGACUUUUCAUUUUCAUUCAUCAACUGUCUCUUUCAGUACAGUGAGGUGGUUUUUAAGUGAUCUAAAAUUAAUAUUUUAAGUUUUUUACUGGUUAGGUUACAUUGAUAACUCCAACCGACAACAUAUUUGCUGAAUGAAAUCCAAUGCUACUUUCUAACACUUUUUUUGUACACACUAAAAAAUAAUGGUUCUUCAGCAGUUCUUUGUGCAGUUCUAUAUAGCACCAAUAACAUGCAAAUAACUUGUUAAGCCCCUAAUUCUUAGUGAUAUUAGUUCUCUAAUAUCCUAAGUGUCUUAGCUUAAGUUGGUGAUAGGAUUAGAAAAAUGACAUUAAAAUACUGUGAUUUUCCUGAACACAAGGCAGGCACAUAUCCAAAGCCUCCACGCAAGACUUUUUGACCUCACAAUUGUUUUUGGUGUGGAUGUGAAGUCAGAUAUAUACCGAAAUUUU